GUGAACAAAAAUAGAAAGAAUGAGGAGUCGCCAAGCAAAUGUGACUCGAGAUGGAAAAGGCAAAAGCCUAAACUCCAAUCCUCUUCUCCAUUCCACUUCCUCCUUAGCCUCUUAGCCUUUUCUCUCUCUCUCUCUCUCUCUCAGUCUCUCUCUCUCUCCCUUCUCUCUUCUCUCGUCUCUCGUGCCCUUCUCAGUCCUGCUUCCCCUCUCACACCAAAGCAGAAGUGCCCCAUCACAACUCAGACCAGGAUUGGACGUAUGAACACCACCCCUGCUUUCUCUCUCAACCCUCUCAACCUCUCUCUCCGUUCUACUGAACUCUCCUACUAUAAAUCACCAAGCCAACCUUACAUCUCUUCACCACAGAAUUAACAACACGAUAGCUAUAUGUAUGUGUAUACUUAAUUUUCAUUGACAAUGAAGUCUAUGAAGGCGAGCUCGUCAGCCGCCGCAGGAGGCAGCGGUGCCGUUGAAAUGGACAGUAGAAUAUGGCGUAAUCUUCCAGCUGGUCUCGUUGACCGCAUUCUAGCUGUGCUUCCACCGGCCGAAUUCUUCCGUCAUCGCGCCGUUUGUAAGCGCUGGUACUCUCUUCUCUUUUCCGACAGCUUUCUUGAAGCCAAUCUCCGCCUUUCCCCGCGCCGCCACUGGCUCGUCUUCUUCCUUCUCGCUUCGUCAACUAACCCUUUAACUUCCUCCUCCACCACGUCCUCCUCUGCCACCGCUGCCGCCAAACCACCACCUCCCGCACUCCUCCUCGACCCCACCACCAAUAUUUGGCUCCGCCUACCUCUCAGCUCCUUCCUACCUCCCGGAUUCUCCCCCGCCGCCUCCGACUCCGGCAUACUCUGCUUCAUGUCGGACUCUCCUGGUCCCAAAACGCUUCUCCUCUCCAAUCCUCUAUCCAAACUCGUCGCCCACCUCCCCCCUACUCCCCGCCCCCGCCUCUACCCUUCCGUAGGCCUGACCGCCGGACCUUCAUCCCUCUCCCUCAUCCUCGCAGCCGAUGACCUCAUCUCCCCUUUCGCCGUCAAAAACCUCACCGCCGAAUGCUUCCACGCUGACGGCGCCACCGGCUUUUACUCCCCAUGGUCAACCGUCAGUCAACUCCCUCGCCUCUGCAGUCCCGACCCCGCCCGUCUCGUCUUUGCCGAAGGCACAUUCUACUGCAUGAGUUGCGCUCCCUUCGCCGUUCUCUCUUACGACGUGGCCUCCAACGAUUGGUCCAAAAUCCAAGCUCCCAUGCGCCGUUUCCUCCGUUCACCCAGCCUCGCCUUACGCGGCGGAUCGCCGUCAUCCGUACUUAUCAUCGCCGCCGUAGAGAAGAGCAAACUCAGCGUUCCGCGUAGCGUCAGAGUCUGGUCCUUACAUCCCUGCUCCAAAGCAUGGACGGAAACCGAGCGCAUGCCGCCUGAGAUUUACAGACAGUUCAGCGAAGCUGAAGGCGGCAGAGGCUUCGAAUGCAUCGGUCAUGGAGAUAUUCUCGCCAUCACCAUCAAAGGCUCUACUGACAUCAUUCUCUUCGACUUCAUAACAAAAGAGUGGAGAUGGGCACCACCGUGCCCUUUUACUAGCGUCAGCGGCGGCGAGCUGAGAGGGUUUGCUUACGAGCCCCGGCUGGCGACGCCUGCGAUCGGAUUGAUCGACUCCUCUUCUCUCUCAUUCCAAUGAUAUAUAAGCACUGCAGUAGUUAUUAUGGUGUAGUUAGGAAAUGGGAUGUUUGUUUCUUCUGCUGCGGCUGUGGAUUGCUACAGUGAAGUUGGUUUCUAACUUUCUAGUGUUAGU